CCCGGGGUGGUCAUGGGAAGUGGGUAGGCGGGGCCACGUCUCAGCCAAUCGCUUCCCCCGGAAGUAGGUGGGGAAGUGUAGGUACUGACUACGAGUCGGGUUGCCCUGGAGGCUGUUCUUGGCUUUGUAGCUGACCCAACAUGGCGGGCACAACACAGAGCGGGAUUCGGCUCAGCGCGCUAUGUCCAAAGUUUUUGCAUACAAAUUCUACCAGUCACACAUGGCCUUUCAGUGCAGUUGCUGAACUGAUAGAUAAUGCUUAUGAUCCUGACGUGAAUGCUAAGCAGAUAUGGAUUGACAAGACUGUUAUAAAUGACAACAUAUGCUUGACAUUUACUGACAACGGAAAUGGCAUGACUUCAGAAAAGUUACAUAAAAUGCUAAGUUUUGGCUUUAGUGAUAAAGUUUCAAUGAAUGGUCGUGUCCCAGUUGGAUUAUAUGGAAAUGGAUUCAAGUCAGGCUCAAUGCGCCUAGGUAAAGAUGCAAUAGUUUUUACCAAAAAUGGUGAAACUAUGAAUGUGGGCUUAUUGUCACAGACCUAUCUGGAAGCUACAAAAGCAGAACAUGUCCUUGUCCCAAUAGUAGCAUUUAACAAGGACCGACAGCUCUUUAAUUUAGCUGAAUCAAAAGCCAGUCUUAAAGCAAUCCUGGAGCAUUCUUUAUUUUCUACGGAACAGAAGUUAUUGGCUGAACUUGAUGCUAUUAUAGGUAAAAAAGGAACAAGAAUCAUCAUUUGGAAUCUUAGGAGAGACAACAAUGGAAUAACAGAAUUUGACUUUGAAAAGGAUAAAUAUGACAUUAGAAUUCCUGAAGAUUUAGAUGAAACAGGGAAGAAAGGGUACAAAAAACAAGAAAGAAUGGACCAUAAUAUCAUUCCUGAAAGUGACUAUUCCCUGAGGGCUUAUUGCAGUAUACUGUAUUUAAAACCAAGAAUGCAGAUCAUUUUACGAGGACAGAAAGUGAAGACACAGUUGGUCUCCAAAAGUCUUGCUUACAUUGAGCGUGAUGUUUACAGACCCAAAUUUUUAGCUGCUAAAACGGUAAGAAUUACCUUUGGAUUUAACUGCAGAAACAGAGAUCAUUAUGGGAUAAUGAUGUAUCACAAAAAUCGGCUCAUCAAAGCUUAUGAAAGAGUUGGUUGUCAGUUAAAGGCAAACAACAUGGGUGUUGGAGUAGUUGGAAUUAUAGAGUGUAACUUCCUAAAGCCAACUCACAAUAAACAAGAUUUUGACUACACAAAUGAGUACAGGCUUACCAUAGCAGCACUGGGAGAAAAGCUUAAUGAUUACUGGAAUGAAAUGAAAGUGAAGAAAAAUGAAGACUGUCCUUUAAAUUUGCCUGUUGAAGAUAUUCAGAAACAGCCUGACCAGACAUGGGUUCAGUGUGAUUCUUGCCUAAAAUGGCGAAAACUGCCAGAUGGAAUAAUAAUAGAUAAUCUGCCUGAAAAAUGGUAUUGCUCCUUGAAUCCUGACCCACAGUUCAGGAGUUGCAGUGUACCAGAAGAACCUGAAGAUGAAGAUGUAGUACAUCCCACAUAUGAAAAAACCCAAAAGAAAAAAGAUAAAGAAAAAUUCAAGAUGAAACGACUGGAGUUUAACUCUCAGUCUUGUAAUGAAUUAUAUAUGAAAAGCCAUGCUUCCUCUUCAUGUAAAGACUUCACCACCCCAGUGAAGGAAAGCAUUCCAAGAUCACAUCAAUCAUCUCAACUGGAUCUUGACAACAGCUCUAGCUUCAAACGGAGAUCUUCUGGUUGUUUGACUCCUUCGAGUGCAAAGAUAAUAAAAUACGAUGAUGAUGAUGUCAUUAUCUUAGAAGAGAACAGUACCCCCAAACCUUCUGUAGAUUCUGUUACAGUAGUAAAAACUGAACAGAUUCAUACAGAGCAAAAUGAUACUCAGUCUGAGAGUGUUGCUCACCAAGAACCUUGCGAGCCAUUUACUUCACAAAUCAGUUCUGUAUCCAGUUCUGGAUGUGACUAUGAACCGAAGUCUGCUGCAACACAAACUGAAAUUCCAAAGUUAGCAAUUAAAAAGGAAGAACCUAUUGAAGAUGACAUGGAUUGCCAAGAUAGUACACAGCAAGCCAUUUUAGAAGCGGAGUCAAAUCAAGAAACUCUGAAUAGAUUUGAUAACUCUUCAGGUGACACUGGAUACCAGUUAAGUGAAUUUAAAAAUGAAUUGCAGCUUGCCAAUGAAGAAAAAGAAAAUUACAAAAGGCAAUGUGAAAUGUUAAUGGAAAAAGUGGAAAAUUUAGAAAUGAAGAUUGUUGAAAUUAAUGAUAAAUAUGUGAAAAAGGAAACUUGUGAGCAAUCGACUGAAACUGAUGUUACAUUUUUACUUGAAAACGUUAAUGGAAAUUCCAGAAGUCCAGAGCAGUUGGCGUUUCAAUUAGAGCAGGCUUUGAAGGAGAUAGAAAAGCUGAGAGAACACUGUAACACUUUUCAGAAUUUAAAAGCUGAAUGUAGUAAAUGUUCAAGCAGUGAGACUAAAACUGAAGUGGACGAAAUGGCUGUGCAACUUGAUGAUGUUUUCAGACAACUGGACAAAUGCAGUGUUGAAAGGGACCAGUAUAAAAAUGAGGUGGAAUUAUUAGAAAUGGAAAAAACACAAAUAGGCUUUCAAUGUGAAGAACUCAAAACUGAAGUUGAACAAUUAAAAGCCACAGUUUCACAAAUGAGAAGAUCAGAUGAUUCAACAACUAGUAACAUUGAAGCUUCUAUGAAUUAUUCUGAUGGGGAAAGCCUCAAACUUCGAUCCCUUCGAAUCAAUGUGGGCCAGCUGCUGGCUUCGAUUAUGCCUGAUCUAGAUCUACAGCAAGUAAAUUACGAUAUCGAUGUAGUUGAUGAAAUUUUAGGACAGGUCAUUGAACAAAUGCAUGAAAUCAGUAGUACAUAAAGUAUAUUUUCUGUGAAGUCAUUUUCCCAGUAUUUCUGUUGUACAGUUUCCAAGAUGUAGGCAAUAUUAUUCUUUUUUAAAGGUACAGAAGGUAAUAAACUAAAGUACUAUGUAUGCUUACUGAAAAAAUCCAUAUUCUAUGCACUCAAAUUCUCCCACAAAUGCUGUGGAUACUUUGUCAUAACUUAAAAAAAUAUUGAAAGGUGUUGAUCUUUAGCCAGAAAUUGUAUUACAAAUAUAAAUGUAUUUAUAAUUAAGUCUGCAUAUAUUUUUUAUGAUGAUGUUAGGGACUUAAGUGUUUUUGCUAAGAGCUUUUCUGAUCACCUCACACCUUUGUGCAAUCUUUCCAGUCCCUCAAAUUAUAUUUUUUCCCCCCCAAAAUGAGGAUUGUGCCACAAUUUAAAUGGAGAGUGUUCCUUUAGCUUUCUUACAUAAAGAAUCUUUGGGAAUUUUUACUUUAAUCUACCUAUUUAUGACUGAGAUUAGUGCCUGCUUUGUGAACUAUCUUUAGUAAAUGGCUGUUAGAUUCCUUUAGAUGAUUUCCUAUCUUUGAAAUUGAACAUUCUUUAAAACAAGGUAGCAAUAACAGUGGUUUAUAUAGGUUUUCCUGGUGAUUUUUUCUUAGAGUUACAUCACACUUUGGUACUAUUUUAAUUUCAACACUAGGAUUGUUCCUGCAGACAUUGCCAAUCAUGUUGAAUUACAGAAGUAUUUUUUUUUAAAUAUGGACAUAUAAGCCUAAGUAUCAGAAAAUAAGAGGGUUGACUAUAUCAAAUGUGAUAAUCAAAAUCAUGAAACUCAUUUUUGUCUUCUUGUGAAAAAUGAGUGUGAUUUUCUAUUUAAUUUUUUGAGGUUUUCUAUGCAGCCAAUUCUAGGCUACUACAUAACUUUGCUGGGUGAUCUCUUUAGCAAUACUGCAUUCUUAGUUAUGUUAUCAACUUAGAUAUUCAUCAUUCUUAGGUUAAAUUGGAACUAUCGCUCUAAUACUGUACUGUGGCAUACCAUAUUGCGUUAUUAUGCUUUGUAUUUGCUGCAUUUCGGUGGAAUUUCUAACAGGUAGCUAUUUCUAUUACACACAACAUAUGUAUGUAUAUAAAUUCAGAACCAUAUUUUUCUCAAUCAAAUGUGGGUUUUUUUCAAAUCAUUUAUUAUUUAUUUUAUUUUUUCUUGAACAAUUCAGUACUUGUAUAGGAUGCUUUUAUGAGGUAUGCAUAAAAUACAUGUAGAUCGUAUUAAGAUAUUAACAUUUUUAUGGUACAAAAGAUUCCCCCCCUUCCCCCCGCAAAAAAGCAGCAAGUAAAUGGAUUUGGUUAAUUUCUGGUUGUUAAUCAAAAAGUGAUUAAAAGUGUAUUUUUUGUAUAAAAUGUUUUUUUUUUGUCAAACUUGUAACUGGUCAAAUUUUUUUUAAAGCUUGUAAUAAAAUACAUAAUGGCUAUCUUAA